AUGGAUCCGCCAUCGAGCUAUAACGUCGCCGACAUCAACAACAAUGACACAACAAACUUUAUGGCCAUGUGGCAGGACACUAUCGAGCCUCAGUCACAUCCUCUGCACUUUAACCUGCCCGAAGAAAUGUUCUUUUGGAAUGACAUUCCAUUGACCAACAACGGACUCGCAGGCAGUAUGAUGCCUGGCCCAGCGCACGGAACAAACCCUCCAGUCAUCGACCUAACCGAAUCUACCCCAGAGCCCUCUCAAAGUCCCAGUGGCACUUACUUGGGGAGACUCUACACGGACUCAUCAUCCUUCAGCCCGGAGUCUUCUCUCCUACUUCGCCAAGGAGAGACUCCGUCAACAGUCGUGGAAGACAACCGCCUGUUUGAGCCACAGCGAAGCACUAGAAGCAUUACCCGCACCAAUAGCCACUCAUCGAACAGCACCCCAUCCUCCAGCCGUCUCUACAAAUGCGAGUGGCGAGACUGCCACACUCCUGGCCAUUUUCACCGCGAAUUAGACCUUGUCCGACACCUUCGAACGGUGCAUAUUUCACCAGACAAGUAUCCGUGCGAUGGUUGCGACAAGACAUUUGGGCGGAAAGACCAUCUGAACGGGCACCGAAAAAAGCACCAUGGGUCCGCGCGCUCCUCUGCGAGUGCAUAG